GCGAGCAAAAUGAAGAGUUGAUUGACUACAAAGAAAGACCGUUGUUAUAAUUGGACAAGGGCAAGAGAGGUGCGAUUUUUCUGAUUGGCGAAUUGACGAUUGAAUACAAAGAUUUCAAGAGAUUCAUGUGCAUUGAACGUUUACUUCUUUACAGAAUAAUCAUUCUAGUUAUUAAGUGUGUCGCUGUGGUACUAGAUAGUCAAGUAUCAAUUAUUUCAAUUUAAAUAUUUAAUUCUGGAUGUUUUUCAGUUAAAUACUAGUGAAGAUUCUGAAAUAGAAACAAAAUUGGACAAAAUGGAUAAUUAUAAAUUACCAAUACAAACAAUUGAUUUUGGAUGAUAAUAAAACACAGAAAAAGAACGAUUAAUUUAUUAUAAAGUUGAUUUUUAUACUGUAGUUAUGGUGUCGAUGAGCAAUGUAACGUUUGUGAUUUUUGUGACAUUUUUGACAAUUGGAUGUAUUGCAAAAAAUAAAAAUAACGAUUACAAGGAGCAGACGGCAGAUAGUUUCUCUAAUUUAAGCGCCAACGAUGAGGAACUGGAUACUGUGCGGCGGAAGACUGUAGAUGCUCAGGAUAGCUGGUUUACCUUCGUUAGACAUUCCAAAAGACCACAGAAUAACAAACAGCCAAGGAAACGCAAAGAAAAGAAAAGCAAAAGACUGGCAUGUGCACACGGGUGUGUUCCAGGACCUGCCGGACCAAGAGGUCCACCAGGGCCACCCGGGCCUGCAGGCGCUGUAAUUACUAAAGAGAUUUUGAUGCAAGAAUUUAAAGAAUUAGUGAAAGAGGCAGCAGAACGUAGAGCGCUUGAAUUACUUGCAGAAAAGUGCCCAAGUUGCACUGACAAUCUAAAUAUUACAAGUAGCAUACCAGUUUCCACAAAGAACAAUGUGUUCGAUUCUGUAGCUAGAAUAACAAUAGGCUUCAAUAUGCGAUUGCGGAGAAAUGUUGCCAUUUCAGGAAGAACAUUUAUGGAACUCGGGGCAUUCCAUCAGCCUUUUGCUGCAGGAUCAUUCAAUAGAGGUGAAAACUUUAAUAUAAAAAAUGGACGCUUUGGUGCACCUAAAAGCGGAAUAUAUCAGUUUUCAGUAAAUCUUCACAUGAGAAUAAAACGUAAUGGCCGAAGAUUAAAACUCAGGAAACAAGAUAAUAUUAGAGCACAGAUUUGCAUUGAUUCAUUGUGUCAAAAAUAUGCAUCAAUGCAGCAUAUAUCAGGGUUAGAAAGCAAUAGCAAAUUUUUCACAGUCAGUUUUAUGGGUUUCUUGGAGCUAACGGCUGGACAAUAUGCUUCAGUGUAUGUAGACAAUGCCUCUAGAGUAAAUAUUAUUGUUCAAACGACAUCAGAUUUUAGUGGAAUAUUGGUAGGAUUAUGAAAAAUAUACAGGAGUGUACGAGAAGCAUAUACUCUGUGUGUUUGAAAUAAAUAAAUCUGAAUGUUAAAUGACGAAAGAGAUCUCUCUGAGUCAGUAAAUCUGAAUGUUAAAUGACGAAAGAGAUCUCUCUGAGUCAGUAAAUCUGAAUGUUAAAUGACGAAAGAGAUCUCUCUGAGUCAGUAAAUCGAACAUUUUCGGCAAAAGUUUUUAGGAAUAGAAAUCCUGUUUUUAUUUUCAUUUUACUGUUUUAUGUUCUGUAUGAAAUUAACAUGUGUAAAAUGAAAAUUUUAAAAAAGCACAAAGGAACGGUAUGAUAAGCAUACAUAAUUCAGUCGAUUAACACCCUUCAUAAAGUUACAAUACAUUUGUCUAUCUGAUAUAUUGUUUAUAAUAUAUCAUUUGACACAUUUGCUUUUGUCGUCCAUCUCUGUUCGUUUCGUCCAAACUACAAAACUUUUCCUCGAUCUGACAUGUUGUCAAUGAUAUCGACUGAUGGGCAUGUAUGUAAAUUAUAAGUUUGUGACAUAAUGGUAUCUUCAUAGCUAUGUAGUCUUACUUAUUAUAUUUGUAUGAAAACAACUUGAACUAUUUCAACUACAAAGUAUUUCAUUGUAUUAGUUUGUUAAAUUUUCUUAACAAACUCUUGGUAUAAUUUUAGAGAUUUGAAAUUUUCAGUAAUUUAUGCCAUUUUACUGUUUUUAACACACCUUUCUUAUAAACAAACGCUGAUUUGGAGAGGUUAAGCUCGUUGCAUACUUGAGAUUCUCAAGGAUGCAUACAACUGUAACCGGAGAGCAUGAAUUUCAUUACAAAAUUGCUUGUCUCCACCGGGACUCGAACCCGGGACCUCUGUGUUACAAGGCAGCGCGUAUACCGACUGAGCUAAAGAAGUACUUCCUUAGCUCAACCGCUUACGGCUGACUAAGUAUCUACCACAUUUACCAAGGGAGGCAAUCCCGUCACACUGCAGAUGAAAGACUUACCUAAAAAAUAAUAUAUUAUAUAUUGGUAUUUAGUUUUAAAGUCCAAUCAAAUGAAUUGAUGUGUAACUGUUGGUGUUUUUGUUGUUCAAGUUUGCAAAGAAUCAUCUUUACAUCAUGUAAUAAUAUUUUUAUAGGAAGCUUUCAUAUGUAAAAAAAAAAUGAAACAGACAACUAGCUGUCUCAAAUUUUAUGACAAAAAAAAUCAUGUUAUUUUUUUUUUGAAUAGACGAAUUUUUAUAUAAUUUAUUUAUUUUUGUUGUAAGUUCAUUAUUUUGUGUUCGGAUAAACGGAGUUAACAUGAAACUGGAUAUGUUUUAUCAGUUCAUCGACAUUAUUUUAAUUAUGCUCAUAAUACUGAUCAACAUGUACAAAUAUACCCUUCCUUGCAUGCUCAUAUAUUGUAAAGAUGUUAUUCACCAAUUCUUACGCCUUGUUAAAUUAAACAAGAAACAAAGUCACGCAUAUGGACGUAUCUUGUUAUCGAGGUUUAAGCAUAUUUAUCAAGGUGUAAACAUAGCUAAAUAUGUUGUUGUGAGGUAUAUUUUUUUCAGAUUGAUGUGACAAGUUUCGUCUCAUCACAAAGAAUUGUAAUAUGCAAAUAGAAGCUGUAUAUAUGAUGUGAUGUUAUCUAAGGAUAUUAUUUUACAUUAUCUAUUUCAACAAUUAAACAAACCACAAAGGAUCCUUUCUGAUAACGUUUAUCGGAGUGAACAAUUAAUUUUUUUACACAAUGAUAUCAUUUAAUGAAUGCAAAAAGAAUUAAGCUCCCACAAUAAAUCUGUUAGUUAUUUUUGUUACAAAAUUUAGUAAAGUUUUGAUUAGCUCAUGUGUUCAUUGCCUUGACUCUUUAAUAACUCAACUCUAAUGGAAAAUGACUAUACCUCUGUUGUCGAAUCGCAAUUUAUUGGCAUUUCGUACCAAAUUUUAUUUUGCUUUUCCAUGCCAUGUGAUUUUCAGAGUUGUGGUUCUGUACAUCGACUGCCAGUAUGAAAAAUUGGGCUACUCUUCAGUCAAAAGUCCAAGGGUGUUAUGUUUUAACGUUCGCACGACAGAGCCUUUUCACAUCCAUAUAUUAUGUUUCAAAAAAUCUGUAGAAAACAAAUUUCUAUAAUGUUUAUUUUAUUAAUAUUUGAAGCAAAUGUGUAUCAUGUUUCUGAUAUUCUAUUAAAACAAUUCUUCAUUUCAUGUCAUUAACAAUUUGUAUAUAAACCAUUGUAUGUCUGUGAUACGUUUCAAUAAAUCAAUACAGUUACAAA